AGACCUACAUUGAAUGUCUUAGAGUAGAGCGUCCAGAUUGCAUUGUUAAGUCUCAAAAGCUAUUGGAAUAACAAAAGAGUAACAAGGGUCUCCAGCCCGUCCGGACUCGAGAGUGACUUGUUUUGCUCUCUGGCCUCAGUACAUGUCUAACGGUACACGCUGUAAACUUGUCAUCUUUAGUGCUAUAGCACACCAAGGUGUAGUGUAGACAACUGGCGACCACCGACCCAACGUUGCAUCAAGAUAGUUGCUUACUGAAUGGUAGUGUCCGGUGAACAAUUCCACAUUUCAGCCGGAGUUGAUUGACUGUGUUUUCUGACUGCACCCACGAUCUCAGGCUGCUUGGUCGUCUGCUAUUCCGAAAUUUAUUUGAUGGUCUUGCAAACUCGGUAGAAUAAGAUUUGCAACCAACCAUGAAAUCCACGGACUCUAUGAAGACUCUCUAUGAGAUUCUGAGGCAUGUUAGCGUCGAACCAAUAAUGUUCAUCAUCUCGAUGACGACGUUCAUGCGGCAGCCUACCAACCAACUCCUCGUCUUACACAAAGUAUGUCUCCUCAACUACAACGCCACGACAUGCAACCACAUUAUGACUGUCGAUGUUGAGAAUGAUAUCCAAGCCGACACAGCUUACUGGAAUUUCUACCUGAAGAUGGCACUCUUAAUCCCCGGGGCGGUUGUGUCCUCCCUCUACGGCCCGCUCAGUGACAAACUCGGGCGUCGAGUAUUCUUAAUCAUCCCGUCCGUUGGAAACAUCUUCGGGGCAGUUGCGUUAAUAAUCCAGUCUGAGAUACCCCUGAUGCCUCUGGAGUAUCUGCUUGCGACUGAACUUAUUGUUGGACUAUCGGGAAAUGUCGUGACAACGUAUGUGGUAGCCAAGAGCUACCUGUGCGACAUAACCGACCGAACGAACCGGACUAAGCGACUGGGAGUGGUCAAGUCCAUGUCAUAUUUCGGCGGGCCUGUGGGUGCUUUCUUGUCUGGUAUUCUGGUUGAUAGAGAAGGCUUCGCUUCUGUUUAUUAUAUCAUAGCUGGUAUCCAUGUUUUUAUUGUUAUCUAUGUAGCUGUCUGGCUUCAAGAGAGUCGGGGUGCGGAUCACCACGAUAAAGGGGGUGAUUUAGAGUUGGAGGACGGGAUGGGGGAACACAGCGAGCAGGAAGACCACCACAAGGAUGGGGCAGAAAAGGAGGUAGACGAAACGACGGAUGACGCAUCAACACGGAAGGAAAACAAGACAGAUGAAGAUAACGUGAUGUGUAGACUCUGUGGCGUCACUCGUCAGGGUCUUACUGAAGUGUUCAAGGGGAUAGAGAACAUGCUGUUCGUGUGCUUCCGAGAGAGAGUCGGCUUCAGACGGAAACACCUUGUUAUUGUCCAGCUCAUUGGUAUUAUUCAUAAUAUUGGAUCCUCAGCUGAUGCUGUUUAUCAUCAACAGUGUAGUGUGAAUUUCAGAACUGAAAGACAGAUACCCCAGGCUUAUUCUGAAGAUGGCCCAAGCACCGCCAAAAAGAUAAAAAUAGGCAGACCCAAAGAAGAGGUGAGAAUAACAGCAUUCUUACAGGUUGCAGAAUUUCUGGAAGAAAAUGAUGAUGAACAAACCACAGUAGGUGAACUAGUAGCAAAAAUGGCAGACUAUCUAAAAGAUACAGGGCAUGAGGCCUAUAGUGCGGUGUACAUGAAAAAGAAACUACUAGAACACUUCGGAGACAGAAUCAUUGUAACCGAAAUUAAUGGAAAACAUGGUGUUGUGACAUUUCGCAACACAGCAAAUUAUAUUCUGUAUGAAUUUCACAAGCAACCAAAGAAUGAGACACCGGAAAAGGAGAAAAUGAGAAUAAUAGAGACUGCUGCCAAACUUAUUCAGAGUGAUGUCAAGUUUCGGAAUAUCACCGCUGAUGCAUACCCAAGUCCGGCGGAAAUGUCCUCUACCACUGCAUCACUUGAUUUUAUCCCAGAUUCACUUCAGAGGCUGUUAAGGACUAUGUUUGCUGGCAAAAAUGUAGACAUCAAGCUGGCAUCCAUUGGGCAGGCCAUCAUGCAAGCAAUAAGGCCAAGGGUCCAAUGUAGACAUCAAGCUGGCAUCCAUUGGGCAGGCCAUCAUGCAAGCAAUAAGGCCAAGGGUCCAAUGUAG